GCUGUCGUCACCGAAUGACCGCGGGCGGCAAUGAAUAGCUAUGCUCUUUUAACAUUUGCCUUCAGUUGGCAAAGAUCGUGCUAAGCGGGCAAAUAUGCUCCACCGGACGCUCGGCAGGUCGCAGGCCGAACUGUGUAGGAUGUGUGCUUGGUUGGUGUGUGCUAAACGGGACAGUGUCGAUACCGAGUAGGUGUCGAGUUUUGCAUUUCUUUAGUCAAAAUUACAAAAGCCUCGAUCUUCCGCGCUGGAUUACGGAGUAAGCGGAAGCUGGUCGGUUUGUGGGAUAUGGUGCGAUGUUUGCAAAUUUGCCGAUGCCGAACACAAGAUUAAUCACCGUGCAUGAAACGUCCCGCAACACCGGCACAGGAAGCGCCAACACAGACGCGUACCGUGUUCAUAAAAAUAGAUCCUUCGAGUCGUUGCGUUUGUGCGCGCAGUGAAUUUGUGUUCCUAUCCGGUGACCUAGAGGCGGGAUAAUUACGUGAAUAUACGAUGGAUACGAAUUACUGAGUGUGCAAAGCAAGUGAGUGUGAGAGAGAGAGAGGGAAAGAAUAAGACGCAAACCGAAAACUAAGUGAAAGCGGGAAAAAAGGAAAAGUGGGUACGGUGGGUGACAAAAAAUAUAUAUAUAUAUAAAUGUGUCAUCUAAUGGCAAAUGCUAAUAACUUCGCCACAUUCAAAUGCGUCUUCGUCUCGAGUGGUAGUGAAACGGUCACCCAGAACUCCACGAAACAUGCACCAUUGGCCGUGCAGAAGCAUGCAUAAGCAAGCGACGUGCUCGUGACGGCAUGAGCAUUGGCAUCAGACACGUUUCUUCCAACUGGAUACUUCGAAAAGGAUGCAUAAAAUGUGGUGUUGGUUAACAGUGUUUCAUCUAUUCGUCCUUUAUGAUUUCGUUCACUGUAUCACGUUGACCGAGGUACGAGUUCCCAAACAUACGAUCCGAGGCCACGCCGUCAAGCUCGAGUGCCACUAUGAUAUGGAAGGUGAGGCCCUGUAUUCAGUGAAGUGGUACAAGGAUGGGCGUGAGUUUUAUCGCUUCGUGCCAAGAGACGAUCCUCCGGGAAGUGUUUUCCCCCAACCAGGCAUAGCCGUAGAUUUAGCAAACUCAACAAGCGAACAAGUGAUUCUAGAUCCACUAGAUUUAUCCUCCAGCGGGAAGUACAGAUGUGAGGUAUCUGCCGAGGCUCCCUCAUUUCAAACCGUCUCCGAUCAUGGAGAAAUGAUGGUUGUGGUAUUGCCUGACCAAGAUCCGUACAUCAACGGUGGUAGGCCACGCUACCAGAUAGGUGAUCCGGUCAAUGUAAAUUGUACCUCUGGUCGCUCCAAACCGGCAGUCCAUCUAACGUGGUACAUCAACGGUGAACCCGCCGAACCAGCGCUGGUAAAGAGGUACGAGCCACAUAUAACGGGAGUCGACAAACUGGAAACAUCCGUACUGGGACUCGGGUUUCGGGUCAAACCGAAACAUUUUAAGCACGGCGAUAUGAAGUUGAAGUGCCUCGCUACUAUCUCGACCGUGUACUGGAAGAGCAACGAGGAAAGUGUUGAAGGUGAAAAAUUGCAGAAAGCACCUACGCUGGAAUCCAGACGGGCCGGAUCGCCUGAUUCGCGGGCAGACCGAGUGCAAGCUGCAUCGAGCAAUUGGGCGACAGAAAGCGCUGAACGACUGUCGGCAGCCAAAUUAGUAACUUCUGUUUUGAUUCUGUUAGCAAGUUAUCGUUACACUAGUUAAAAGGUCAACGUUAGGUAGGAAGUGAGAAUAUUAAGAAGGGAAAGAACGAAUGACAUGCAUCUCUCAACUGUUAUCCUUCUUUUCCAAAGAAAAAAACCGUACUUGGUUAUGUUUGUUUUCGGUCAAUUAGCGAUAUCGGGUCGUGCAUGCAAUUAAGUGUGGUUGGUCUAACGAUGCGGCCGACUGUGCGGGGGAAGUGAAUAGGCCACUCUUAAGAACAUAUCAACAAUAUCAAUGUCAAGUAUAUUCAUCAUAUCAACAAGCACGACUGCAAAUCGUUUUUCCUCGAACGCUCAUUUGUUCGAGCAAAAGCCAAAGCAAAAAAGAAUUAAAAAAAAAUCCCCCAAACAGCAGAAACCCAAAACAAACGAACGAUACCAAAAGAAGAGACAAAAAAAAGAAAAGCAAAACAACCCCGAUUUGUAAAGAUAUCAGAGCGGACAUGGCGCAGACUGUAAAUAUUUGUCAUAGUUUUAACUCAAACUAACAAAUCUAACUAAAUCAUCUCCUGCAACAAAAAAACGGUCAGCAACCAUUUGCCAGGAAUGCCAGCACGCGGUACGCUUUCGGGCGUGUGAGUCAUCGGUCCGAAUGGCAUGGUGGCCGCUUCACUGCUGGGAAGGAACUAUUGCAAAAAUUCGUUUUAUCAAUUACACACGCGGUAUGAGAUGGAAAAGGAAUGAAUAAAGUAUCAAAUUGUUUCAAAAAUA